CUUGGUUACUUUCGUGAGAAACAUGUUGGUGGUAAGCAGCCAUAGCUUGGUUGGAUUGAGAGAAAAUUGUAAUUAGUUUUCGUUUUUGAUUCUAGAGUGAACCCCCUUACUACUUCGCUUGCUAUAAUUCUACGUGUAGCCUCGCUGGGAAUUGGGAAGCUUCCCAACUCACUUUUCUUACAGAUAUAGAAGUGUUCCAACAAGCUGAGUAAAUUAACUAUAGCUACUCACAUUUCCCAAUUCACAAUUCACCCUCAAUUAAUCUUAGCAAAAACUGUAUAUAUAUAUAUAUAUAUUAACAGCACCUCUCUCCCCCAUUUGGUCGGUUGCAUUUGAUGUGUUUCUUUCUGUCCUGGUGUUUUUAUCACUUUUGGAUGGUAUUGAUUCUCUGUCUCAGAGUAUUACCAACACCAUAGAAAUGGAAUAAGAAUUUGUAAUUGUUAACGGCUCGGACUAGUGUUAAUUAUUACAGGAUUAAGACUUAUGAGAUAGGUUGUGAGCCUUGAUUUCUCAAUCCGGUUAAGAACUAUAUGAUCUACCUCACAUGAACAUUAUUAGAAUAAAAGUAAAAAACUAUUUUUGUGUUUGUCAUGCUCCAUUUGGAAAGAGUGACAGCUUUGAUUACUGCAUGCAGCGGAAAAAAAGCUACAAGCAACACGUGGCUUAAAAAAAUAAAAAUAAAAAAGCUUCCUGUGUCCUCCUGCUCCCACGUGUUGUCUUAGUGGUAACGCUGUGUCACCGGCUCAAAGCGAUCCAGACAGUAAGGUUUUGAGCCCUAAUCCUCUGUGCCCAAGUGUCAGCUACCGCCUAAAACUAUAAACAAUUACUCAGCUACUUAUGCAUAUUAUGGGGAUUGGGGGGAUUUCAAUUAUGUUGUGUAAAACUUCCUAGAUUAAAAGUUUUGAAAAUGAUAGAUAAAACUGGACUAAUUGCUACGUUAUCUGUUCUAAUAUGGAACUGGAAGCUUCUCGGUCUUUUCCUGAUAAAAAUUGACAUCAUCAUCAGCUGGUCAACAACCAAACAGAAUAGAGGAGGGAGCUUCAGCCUUCUACUGCCAAUCUAUUUACUUGUUUGCCCCCUUCUGCAAGAAAAAAGAAAAGAAAAGAAAAGAUAAUAAUAAAAAAGGUGAACAAAUCCAGGGACAUCUUCCUAAUCCACUUUCAACCAGACCGUCGUUUUUAAACAUUAUCCUUAAGUGCAAAGCAAAACAGAGCCUCAGCCGCGUAUUAUUAAGAAUCCCCGUCUUAUCUCGAACCUUCCUCAUCAAUAAACUUGCCACUCUUCGACAACAGCACAAAAAUAACAUUCUUGAGCUAUCUGUCUCUGAACUCUGAUCAGAAAGAAUUGAAACACUCCACUCUCUAAUUCUAAUCAAGUUCGUUUCAAUCAAUCAAUCAUGGCAGGCACAGGGGAAGAAACUCAACCCAAUUCAUCAUCUACAUCCGCAUCCACAUCCACCACCACCACCAAUGACCCACAACCUGAUCAGCAUCAUCAUGAUAAUCAACCUCCAUCUACAGAGGAGGAUACCAAGAAAUGGGGAACCCACAUCAUGGGAGCUCCAGCAGCCCCAGGCGUACACCCAGAUAAUCAAAAGGCCGCCUUUUGGAAUGCGGGUGAUCACCAGCAUAUCUCCCAUCAGCCGUAUGUACAGUACGACCCAGUUGAAAGACCCGCCAACAAUCCAUUUGAGCUUGUGAUCCAUCUCUUCAACUCCUGGAGCAACAAGGCUGAGACCAUAGCCCGAAACAUCUGGCAUAAUCUGAAAACUGGGCCUUCUGUGUCGGGAGCUGCGUGGGGAAAGGUGAACCUGACGGCAAAAGCCAUAACGGAGGGUGGAUUUGAGUCUCUGUUCAAGCAGAUUUUCAAAACCCAUCCCCAAGAGAAGCUCAAGAACACCUUUGCUUGCUAUCUUUCCACUUCCACUGGCCCUGUUGCUGGAACUCUGUAUUUGUCAACGGCUCGUCUUGCUUUCUGCAGUGAUCGUCCUCUAUUCUUCACCGCUCCCUCCGGACAAGGGGCUUGGAGCUACUACAAAGUGGCGAUACCCUUGGGAAAUAUAGGCAACGUAAACCCAGUGAUCAGGACGGAAAACAGAGGGGAGAAAUACCUUCAUAUUGUUACCACUGAUGGCCAUGAGUUCUGGUUUAUGGGUUUUGUGAGUUUUGAAAAAGCUUCGCACCAUCUCUUAGACAGUGUCUCGGAAUUCAGAGCUGCUGGAUAUGCAUCCCAACCAGUUGUUGGAUAGGCCUUGCACAAUCUCACAUGCAUUCCUUUUGUGUUGUUCAUCUUCCUUGAAAAUUUUGAUAGAAGUUGGGUUUCAUCUCUAGAUGUAAAGUAUAAAAGGCUUAUUUUGUUUUCAAUAUAUUAUUAUAUAUAUCUAUAUAUAUAUUUGUAUCUUUCCCUGAAAAA